CCCAAUACCAAUUCCUCAAUUCUCUGUCUAAUUCAUACAAUCCCCUCCUCAUGGCCAAGGUCAAGCGGUCGGCGCCCACGCCCGCCGCCAAGGUCAAGAGGCCGGCGCCCACGCCCGCGGGGAAUGUGAUCGAAAUCCCGUCGUCCCCCGACCCCUCCGUUGGCGGCAGCGCCAAUGGGAGCACCUCGAAGAAGAAGGCGUGGAAAAGGUCCGCGCCGCUCGACUUCGACGACGAGGUCAAGAUGUGGACCCCGCGGGAGAAGCGGCGCCUCGACGCGGAUUGUCAAAUCCUCGCCACCGACCCGCUCGCCGCCACUGAGGUGGCCUCCGCCGCCGCAAAUGACGACGUCGCGGUCGUCGCCGAGCGGGGCAAGGUGGCGUGCAGAGAUUACCCCCAUCCUAGGUCCGCUUGCGCCAAGCACCCAUUUAACACUACGCCUCAUGAGCGCCACUGCGGCAAGUGUUUCUGCUAUGUGUGCGAUAUCGCUGCCCCAUGUGUGUCUUGGAAGGGCGUUGGAGGGCACUGUCAUGCUUCCGACAAGGACAAAAGGUGGAAGACUAUGAGAUUGUCGAGGCAGAAGCAACGGAAGUAGGGCCUAGUUAAGGCCACUCAUGACUCUAGGUCUGGCAAUCGGCCACUUUGCAUUCGCUCAUCGCGUUGUUCUGAUGGGACGAUUAUCUUGCAGUAACUUGUACAUGGCUAGUAGUAUUGGCGAUAGAUCUUGUUCCAAUGCUUGGUGUAUCUGUACGCCACUUUUCGCAAACUGAAAGUAUAUAGUAUAUCUAUCUC